ACAGACAAGCACCAGAAAUACAGAUCCUGGGGAAGCUGCGUGUAGGACAUCCAGCAAACAUCACUUGUGCAACCUUCAGAAGCUGCAGUUGGCAGCCUCCAAAGUUCACCUGGAAAGCCUUUUCCAAAAACCUCAACUUUCAUUUGUGGCUGAAUGGGAGCCAGGUUUACAGCUCAGUGCUGGACUUCUUGCCUUCAGUAGCAGACCACAACCGGAAUCUCACCUGCAAGGUCACCUACAGAAAUGGGUCCAGUUCUGUGUCCAAGGAGAAAACUGUCCAGCUGGAUGUUAACUUCCCACCUCAGACCCCAGUGAUCAGCGUGGCACGUCUUCGCCCAAAUGAAAAUCUGAGAAACUUCACAAAAGCUUCCCGGAUCAUGAUAGAAAAAGGGGAUUCCAUCGUGCUGCGCUGCAAGGUGAAAGGCAACCCUUUGCCCAAUGUGACUUGGGUUAAGGGAUCCCAAAUCUUGGGGACACCUCUUCAGCCCAGUAAUGCCCUGAACCUUUCUGAUAUGAAGGAGGAGGAUGCAGGCGAAUACCAGUGCCAGGCAGCCAACACAGAAGGCUCUGCUGAAGCAUCCUUUGAAGUCUCUAUGGCACCGGAAGACAAAAAUAAUUGCCUGCUUAGCAUGGUGACUGGUGCCCUCUUCAUGCUUGCUGUUGUCAUACUAAUCACUGGGGUUAUCCUUGUUUCUAAAAGAUGCCUGAGGAAGAGAAAAACGGUGACUAACUCGGAAACAGAACCAAAGGAUUCUGCCUUGGCUCUGGGCAAAACUUCACCAAAUCUCAAGAAUCCCAGCACUUUGGACCUUGCUGUAUGGCAAAUGGACAGAAUUUCCCUCAAACCAGAAAGCGCUGAGGAAUCUGCUGGCAGAAACCCCAGAGACCCUGAAGAAUUAUAUUAUGCAACUCUUACAUUCAAUGCACCGAAUCCUAUACCAGAUGCAACUUCAAAAGAAAUCCAAACCGAUUAUGCUGAAAUCAGACGUUACAAUUCUCAGGGACAGCAAGACAUGAAGAUUUAAGGGGAUUCUUCUAUUCUGAUUAGCAGCUAAGUCCUCGGAAGACGCUGGCUCCAGCAUCUUGCCUGUUUCUGUUUCUGUAUUUAGAGAUAUGGACUGCCUGUUGUUUUCUCCAGCUGUUAAGCCCUGAACAGCACAGCGUGACCAGAGAAGCAAGAUUCACUUGGAAUUUCAUUAUUCACAUUUAAUAUCAAGACAUAAAGUGCUAAGGUACAGACUCUUGGAAACCGAACAAGUAAAACUCCCACCCUCAUUUAUGAGUGGAGUCUCUGGGAGGUCUUUAGGCCUUUUUUUUUUUCUCCCAGAAUGCAAAACUGAAGGACUCCAUGCCCUUUUUUUCCAGACUAGCUUGGCACUCAAACAUCCCUCUGCUCUUUGUUUCUGACAUUUGAAAUGCUCCCCCCUCUUUCUCAGCCUCAGUGAGUUCUCUUAUCAAAGUGCUCCUAUCCAACUUGAGACACAGUGGCCUUCCAUCCACCUGAAAGCUGCUGAGAGUUUCUGGGAAGAGACACAGCUGCUUUAAGGAGCUACAUUCCAGUUCCUGUGCCCUCUGAAGCCCCUUUUAGAGACUGAAUCCAAAGCUCUGCCCUGGCCUAAAGGAUAUACCAGUGAUGUCCACUGGUCAGCAGGAGACUAGAUCUAAUCCGUGAAAUCUUUGCCUUGUAAUGUUCUGAUGUAUCUUUGUGCCUUCGAGUCAUCGUUGUCUCCUGGCAACUGCCUGGAGCAGUGGCCGCAGUGUUCUCGGCAACA